AUGGAUGAAAUCGCCAAAGGUAGGUUUAUUGCACAGGGCACUGCGACCAAGCCUGUUGAGCUAAAGGAACUCACUAGGACGUUCACUCUGUCAGAACUUGUAGGGCGCCUGAACUUAGCUGGUUUUAAGGGCCCCCGAACGGAGGACGAAUUCGUUGACAUCUUUGCUGGAUUGAAGAGCUGCUUCAGGACCUUUGUGCCCCCGCCUGGGCUUGCACUUGACUUCUCACCGGAUGAGCGAUUGACUCCAGAUGAGAGAAUUUCAAGCUUCUUUAAGUUUCUGUUACCAGAACAAUUCAUUCACAAGCCUGCAGAGCAGAAGAUCUUGGAAACCAGCUUUGGAAAGGAACCCGCAGAGGGCGAAGUAACUCGGGUGGAGCCCCUGCGUAGUGUACGGUAUGCAGCUGACUCCAAGCACAUUCUUGCGGGUAUUAUCAAGAAUACGCAUGACCACUUCAAGGGCCAGGCGUGUCGCCAGGUUGCCAAACGACUUGAUGGUCUUCGUCGUAUAGUACUGCGCAAGAAUUCUAAAGCAGCUGCAUUUGAGCCUCUGCUCGUCUUCGCUCUUCUUCAAGGGAAUGUCGCCUCAGCGUCCACCUUAGAAAAUGGCACUUCGCACAAAUCAAUGGGAUCCAGCGCUAGGAAUGAGCUGUACUCAGCAUUCUCAUCCGUCAUCCCGGCGAACCUUUCAUCGAACCCCGGAGUCUACGAUCCGGCUAUGAUUGUCGCGUACUUUGAUCUCGUCAGGACUAGUCAAACUACACAGAUGAAGCGGCUUGAAAAGCUCUUGCGGAAGAGCGUGGAUGAAAGUAACGUGGGCACCAAACUCUUCGGCAACUCCCUCGCAAAUCCUCUCACGCAUCAAAAAAUCACCGCAGUUGGCAACGCCGUGCUAAGCGACGAAAGUGGUUUGGAGAGAAUGGUUGAACGCAUUGGCUACAUGGCCAUAGACUCUGCAGACGCCGUUUCCAUCCUAAUGCCAGAGUUCCCAAACAUAGCUAACUUCGUCCGCGGGGUGUCAUUCUUUGCAUUUGAAAGCGUCUUUAAACAAAAUGGACCGUACGUGAUGCCGGGACUGCCGUGUGGCGGCAACCUGAGUGGAAACAUGCUGGAAGCUCUGACUGAGAAGAAGCUUGGUACAACUUACUUCGUCUACAAAUACACCAAGCCCGUCGUGGCUACUACGCUUCUUCCUGAAAGCGUGUGGAUGCCACAGGCGGGAUCCGAGCUUGCAACUUAUCUUCAAGAACAUCACAGUUCGAAGGGAGACUACUUGCUGGCUCAUGCUCCACGUGUUUGCGUGCGCAAGGCAUUAUAUGAAAAGUGUUCAAAGACAGAGCCAGCCAAACUCGAAACUGCUGAGCAGCAGCUCUGCCUUUUCAUCCACACCCACCCAGGCUUGUUCUUCAAGGUUGAAGGCAAGGGUGUAUAUGCCUUGCGUAAGGAGAUGCAGAAGACUCUCCCUGCUCCAGGAAGACUUGCAAGAGCACGCAGAAUGCUUCUUCGUAGUGUGCGCACCGUCCGUCGUUUCCUAUUUAGCAAGACGUCUGCUGCCAUUCUUUUGGGUGCGGGCGUUGGAGCUCUCUGUGCAGCGGCAGGCUUGGCAGCGGUUGCAGGUGGAUCUGUUUGCGCCGUUGGUGCGAUAGUAGCCUCCAGCCUCUUCCGUACCCUGUUUGCCGUUUCACCAUUCGGAGUCAAGCCUGCUAUUCCCCUCACACUAGGGUCUCUCUUGGCAACAGAUUUUGAACGCAACCUCGAUGCUACAGCCAAACUGCUUCCAGUUGCUGUGGAGGUAGAACCAACGCCCAGUGAUGUACAACCGGUUACUACUACUGCAUUUUAG